UUCACUCGCAAUUCGCCGACCAGUGCUGACCAACAGAGAUGACCACCUCCGCCGACAGUGUGUUCGUUGCCCGAUCCGAUGGCAUCUCCGCCGAAGGAGUCCGGGAUCAGUACGCCGAUGGCAAGGCCGCCAAGGUGUGGGAAAUCUUCAUUGGGGACAAAAACUCGCGCACGGACAACUACAAGAACUUCCUGAUCGAUAUGCUGCGCAAUAAGGGAUGCAAGCGUGUCCUGGACGUGGCCUGUGGAACGGGUGUGGACUCCCUGAUGCUUGUGGAGGAGGGUUUCGAGGUUGUGUCAGUGGAUGCCUCUGAUAAGAUGUUGAAGUACGCUCUUAAGGAGCGCUGGGCACGACGAAAGGAAGCUGUCUUCGAUAAGUGGGUCAUUGAGGAAGCCAACUGGUUGACUCUGUACGACGACAUCCAGGAGCACAUUCAGGAUGGUUUCGAUGCAGUCAUUUGCUUGGGCAACUCCUUUGCCCAUUUGAUGGACGGGUUCGGGGAUCAGCGGGAGCACAAGCAGGCCAUUGGUAACUUCGAAAAGUGCCUCAAGCCUGGAGGCGUCCUGCUCAUCGAUCAUCGCAACUACGACAAUAUCCUGGAAACAGGAGCGACGCCUGCCAAGAGUAUCUACUAUAAUACGAGUCACACGGCGGACAUCAAGACAUCCGUGCUCUUCUACUGCGGCAAGCCCGCCCUGGUGUCCAUGGACUACCUGAUCGCUGGCAAUAAGCUGACCAGCGAGUUCCGUCUGUCCUACUAUCCCCACGAGCUGAAACGCUUCCAGGAGAUUCUAGCCGAGAUCUUCUCCGCCAAGGCCAAGCACCAGUUGUAUGGUGACUUCAAGGAGAUGAGCCAGGUGAAGACUCCCGCCUUCUACAUUCACCUGAUUGAGAAGCCACAGGUUUAGAUUUAAGUUUUUAGUUGUAUUCACAUAAGGCCACAAGACACAUUCAUAUAAAUAUACAUAAAGUUCCUCCGA